CCUUGCUCCCUGGGAGCAUCAUCCAGGGGUGCCCCUGUCCUCAGGAGUGUUGUCCAGGGGGGUUCCUCUCCUUGCUCCCUGGGAGCAUCAUCCAGGGGUGCCCCUGUCCUCAGGAGCAUUGUCCAGGGGUGUUCCUGUCCCCAGGAGUGUUGUCCAGGAGUGUUCCUCUCCCCUCUCCCCGGGAGCAUCAUUCACGGGUGCCCCUGUCCCCAAGAGUGUUGUCCAGGGAUGUUCCUAUCCUCAGGAGCAUUGUCCAGGGGUGUUCCUGUCCCCAGGAGCGUUGUCCAGGAGUGUUCCUCUCCCCAGGAGCAUCAUCCAUGGGUGUCCCCAUCUCCUGGAGCAUCGUUCAGGGGUGUCCCCGCGUCUGGGGCUGGUUUGGGCGUGGCAGAUGUGAGCAGGGGUGGGAUUCAAACCCCAUCUCUUGUGGCCCGCAGGAGCUGUCCGGCUUCACCCUGGACCAAGUGGCUUUCGAGGACGGCAAAGGGAAGUGUCCGUACGACCCCACCAAGGGACACACCGGCCUCAUCGUGGAUGGCGAGCUCUACUCGGCCACCUUCAACAACUUCCUGGGCACGGAGCCCGUCAUCCUCCGCAACCUGGGGCCCCACUACUCCAUGAAGACGGAGUAUCUCACCUCCUGGCUGAACGAGCCCCACUUCGUGGCCUCGGCCUACGUGCAGGAGAGCGCGGCCAGCAGCACCGGCGACGACGACAAGGUUUACUUCUUCUUCAGCGAGCGGGCUGUGGAGUAUGACUGCUACGCUGAGCAAGUGGUGGCCCGCGUGGCCCGGGUCUGCAAGGGGGAUGUCGGCGGUGCCCGCACGCUGCAGAAGAAGUGGACGACCUUCCUCAAGGCUCGCCUGGGGUGUUCGGCACCCGAGCAGCAGCUCCAAUUCAACCCCCUCCAGGACGUCUUCACCCUGGGGGACGUGGACGUCUCAGCUAUCUGCCGGUACCACAUCCUGGAGGUGAAGAAAGCCUUCGAGGGGCCCUACAAGGAGUAUCGGGAGCAGGCCCAAAAGUGGGGCCGGUACUCGGACGAGGUGCCGAGCCCCCGUCCCGGGGCGUGCAUCACCGACUGGCACCGCCAGAACGGCUUUGCCAGCUCCCUGGAGCUGCCCGACAAUACCCUCAACUUCGCCAAGAAGCACCCGCUGAUGGACGAGCCCAUCCUGCCCCACCGCGGGAGCAUCAUCCAUGGCUGA